AAAAAUAUUCUUACAAACAGUGUUUUUACGUUUUUUAAAAGCAAAGAAAAUUUAAAUGGAAAGCUUCGAUCCGGAAAAGUAUGGUGGAUACGAUGCGUAUUUUUUACAUGAACUUUUAGACGGUUAUGAAUGCCCUGUAUGUAAAACGGCUCUUCGUAGACCUAUUCUAACAAUGUGUGGUCAUCGACUAUGUUUUUCAUGCUUGGAAGAAAUAAGAAAAAGAAACAAUGGAGUUUUAAUGUGCCCAUUAGACAAAACCGUUUUAAAUUCUGAGGAGAUUUUUCCUGAUAAAUUUACUGAAAGAGAGAUUCUGCAAUUGAAAGUUAAAUGUGAUAACUUUUCAAAAAGUUGUCAAUGGACCGGAGAACUAAAAUCAAUUGAUGUAUGUAUUUCAAAUUUUGAUGUAAAGUAUAAAAUACUUAACUUUAGGUUUUUUCAAACAAGAGACAUUUUAAGUUAUAAAACAUGAAUUAAUAGUUUAAUU